GGGGGGAAAUAGAAAGGAACCCCUGAGGGCAUUAAGGGUGCAGUGUGGGAAAGUUAUGCUCGAAAAGACUGCUCGAAUGGAAGAGGGCGCUGGAACGCUUCUCACCAGGCCUCAAGAUUAAGCACAUCAGGAUUCUCCCGGUGGACUCUUGAUCCUUUGGGAGUGUUCAGGGCAUCCCCGAGGGCAUCAAGGGUGCUGUCUGGGGGACCUGAUGAUGUCGACUUCGAAACAUUGCUCGAAAUAUUGCUCGAAUGAAUGGGGGGUGCCGGACACCUCUCGCGAGGUUCUGAAGAUUGGGCAUCUUCAAGGUCUCCUGCUCCUUCUGUGCGAUGACCUCGCACAGAAGGAGAUGUUGCCUCAGUCAACUGAGCGCAUCGUUGAGGUCCAAGGCACACCUGAGGGCACCAAGGGAGCCAUUUGGGAGAUCUGCAAGUGUCUCGUCGACGAUUGGCAGAGAGGCACUGGCAUAGUUCUCUACAACCCUGUCAUUCGCAUCCAGUUCGAAACAACACAUAUACAUAGCGUCGGGUACUUACUUCCUCCAACAACGAUUUCGCUGAGGCAAGUGACCCAGCCAAGGAGAUUCCAAGAAGCGCGUCAAGAUCACUCACGGAGAGGCUGCUGCCAAGGGAGCAAAUGAAUCAUUGUUUGAAUUCGUGUUCGAAGACAUGUUU